AUGGCAGCCAAAGGCACUCAAAAAGAAUUAAAAUUAAACAUGUCCACAAAAGGGGAAUUCGUCAGGACUAAAUCAGCCUUCCGUGACUGGAUAACGGCGGAUGGAUCGUCCGGGUUUAAGUCCGAGGCAGGAAGAUAUCAUCUAUACGUUAGUCUCGCCUGUCCUUGGGCACACCGUACUCUGAUCGUCAGAAAACUCAAGGGGCUGGAACAGACCAUCACGUAUGACGUGGUUGAUUGGUUCCUGGACGGAGAGGGGUGGUCCUUCACAGACAAGAAGAAUGGUUGUACGCCGGACACGGUCAACGGCUGUUCUCGGUUGCGGGAGGUAUACUGUGUAGCUAACCCAGACUAUGAUGGUCGUAUCACAGUACCUGUCCUCUGGGACAAACAAAAGAAAACAAUUGUCAACAACGAGUCCAGCGAAAUUAUCCGGAUGUUAAACACAGAAUUCAAUGAUUUCUGUGCCACUGAUUAACAGCGAAAGUUAGAUUUUUACCCGGAGCGCCUCCGGACAAACAUAGAUGGAGUAAAUGAAUGGAUUUAUCCGAUGAUCAACAAUGGUGUGUACAGGAGCGGGUUUGCCACAUCUCAAGAAGCCUAUGAUGUAGCCGUGCGUGAAUUGUUCCAGGGUCUAGACAGGGUAGAGGAUAUUUUGUCUAAAAGUCGUUACCUAACCGGAAAUGAGCUUACAGAAGCGGAUAUUCGCCUGUUUACUACACUUGUACGAUUUGAUAAGGUCUACGUUGGACAUUUCAAGUGCAACAAGAAGCGGAUUGUGGAUUAUCCUAAUAUAUGGGGAUACCUGAGAGACUUGUACCAAUUUCGGGGAAUUGCUGACACAGUCAACUUUGAACACAUCACUAAACACUACAUGGGAAGUCAUGCGAUGAUAAACCCGACAAGGAUUAUAUCCAUUGGACCAGAUAUUGACUUUACCACUCCACACGGCAGGGAGGCUAUGUCGAAAAGUUAACCUCACGGGUUACAAGUGUUUUGAGGAUCUUCGUCUUGUUUUCAAAUUGUAUUAGAAUAAAUAAACGGCCAGUGAUUCAUAGACACAGAAACAAGAUAUGUUAAC